CUCUAGUACGAAUCGGCGCAAGUUUGUUUGAAAUAAUAGUCUGGACUGAAUGCCUGCGUACCAUCUUCUUCUCGCAUAAUAUCUGCAGACAAAAUCAGGAAAGUGGGAAGAAAGAGAGGGAGAGAAUGAGGCCCCAUAUGGUAUUGUUUGGAGACUCGAUUACUCAGCAAUCGUUUGCAGACGGGGGAUGGGGUGCAUCCCUUUCUAAUCGCUACUGUCGGAAGGCAGACGUCCUUCUGCGGGGGUACAGUGGUUACAACACACGAUGGGCUUUGUUCUUGCUUCCCCACGUCUUUCCUCCAGAGGGUUCAAAGCAACCAUCAGUGGUGACAGUAUUUUUUGGAGCUAAUGAUGCAGCUCUACUAGGGAGGAGCAGUGAGCGGCAGCAUGUGCCUCUUACAGAGUACAAGUCAAAUCUUCACCAGAUCAUAACCCAUUUGAAGAAUUGUUCACACUCUAUGCUGGUAGUGCUGAUCACUCCUCCCCCAAUUGAUGAAAACGGGCGCAUGCAGUAUGCAAGAGCUACUUGCGGGAAGAAUGUUGUUGAAUUACCAGAACGAACAAAUGAAUUUGCAGGAACUUAUGCCAAAUCUUGUCUUGAAGUUGCAAGCGAGUCUGGCGUUCCAGCAAUUGAUUUAUGGUCAAGAAUGCAAGAAACCCCUGGUUGGCAAGAAACAUAUUUGAGUGAUGGUUUACACCUUACUCCAAAUGGUAAUGCAUUCGUCUUUGAAGAGGUUCUCAAAGUUCUCAAUGCAAGAGGUUGGAAUGUCAGUGAAAUUCCAGAUGAUUUUCCAGAUUAUUCUAUUAUUGAUACCAGUGAUCCCCAAAAGGCAUUCAAUGGCAGAAAAUGAUGUACCAUUCUUGUUGCACACGAGUCAGAAAACUUUGGUGCAAUCACCGUGAUUUAUUUUCUUCCCUGCUGUUAAUGGUUAUUUAUAUUCUGUUCUAAAUGGAACUUACUGUGUAAGUAAUCAAUAUUGAGUAAAUAUUUCUAUUGAUUGUGAACGAUGUCUGACAUUUUCCAACUGCUAUUACUUUCUAUGCUGGCUGUUCUUAUCAAGAUGUGAAUUUUAUGUUUCA